UCAAGCUGUAACCAUAGUGAAAUCCUGUAUAAUUGAUUAGCCCACAGUGGUGAAAACAUGGAGCAGGAUCAUAUCACUGGUCUGUAUCGAUUCCUGGGUUUGUCAGUCGGAGCAAAGUUUUCCCCUGAAGACGUGAGUCUCCUCUUCAGUAAAGUGUUUCAUGUUCCCUCCAACUCCGAUGCAGCAUGUGUGGCCAUGGAGAAGAUUGCAGGAGAUGAUAGUGGCUGGUGUUGUGUUGGUGAAAAUGUGUUGGACGUUCUCUUAGAAAUGGAAAGAGAGAGAGAAAAGAAGGACAAGCUUUUCUGGGACCUCCAGCUGCUAAAUGUUGGAAAUCUCAACACUCUCCAUGAGACGGACGAGCUCAUGGAGGUAAAAAAUACCUUGCACCUAAGCAGAGAGUUAAAAACACUUAGAAAAGCUCACAGCCAGUCAGAGUCAGGAUCACCCCAGCCAGGUAUCUUUGGCACGUACAGUCCACAGAGGGAGAGACCGAUGGGAAAUAAGGAGUUGCAUGGCAAUGUGAGAGCUGCGAAGAAACUGAAGAAGGCAUUCAGGCAGAGCUGGAUGAGACUGGCAUCAGAGGGUGUGCAAAGUAUAUUGCCCUGUCCAGCGCAGGGUGAUAACCAAGGGUGUGGAUGUCAAGUCUGGGGGUGUAUCUCUCUGUCAGAUGUCCUCCUCUCGGUGGAAGUGAAGUAUGAUGUGGUGACCCAUUUGCUUUAUACAGAAAUGCUCCAGGAGCACCACACACUGAGCAUCUGGGAGACUCUAACACAUUGGCAACAACAACAGGAAGAGGAGGACCUGGAGUAUCUUGUAGACAAGGCUUUGGAGUCAGGUGACAUGCUCUGUUUGGCUGAACUACCUGGAGCAUUUAGAAUAUAUAGGGCCCACCAGGCAUCAUCUCUGAAAAGCCAUUAUGAGACCAAAGGAGAGUCCUGGUCUGCUGUUUCGUUCCUGUCUGGGCUUCACACAUUUCGUCAGCAAGAAAAGGACACACUAGCAGUUCUGGGCCAGAGGUUGGACAGAGAGGACCUGAGACUGAUGUGUUUGUUCAUCAGGUUAGCAACUCUCGGAGCUCAGAGAGAAAAUAUGUCCUACAAAGCUCUUUUGGCAGCUCGGCAGUCCUGGGAGGCAUGGCCACAAGUGAAGAGUCCAUGCAGAGCAGAGCAGGCAGCCUUGUGGCUCCAUGGAGGAGAAAAGGAGGAGCGACAGAAAGACUUAAUCUCAGCAUCACCACAGCAGGCAGCCCUGCAGCUGCUGGUGCUGACUCAGGAGCAGGAGAGGAAGCACCUGAUCAAGCUGUUACAUGGGGUGUCCAGAGAGGAUUUGCAGGAUCCAGGUUGUGCAAUGCCUCAAAAGGAAGAGAGUUCUGAGCAAAUUGCUGUUAGAAAUGACCUCAUUGCAAGGCUGAAGCAGAUCUAUGCUGACCUACAAACACAGAAUGAAUCUCCAACACCAUCAAAUCAACAUCAGCCACAUCUCCAAAUGGACCACAUGAGCAGUGAACUGCGAAUGUGGUUCAAAUUUCAGCUGGAGGGUUGUUCCCUGCUCCUCUUGACCCAAGUGAUGGAGCUCCAAGAGAUCACAGCGUCCACACUGCUGCCUGCACUGAUGGAUGGGAGUGCACAGAGUGUCCAAGCCUUGCGAGACAAAUUUGAAUCUGAACUUCAUGCCCAGCACAUCACGCUUAAACUCCUGGUCUCAGAAGCCCCCUCUACUUCAGGCUCUUCGCUCAGUCCUAAAUCAAACCUGGUUGACAAAAGCAUCAAUGAGCAAAUCACAGCUUUGUCCAGCUGCAGUGGACCACUUGAUGCUCAAAACGCCAGUGGUAGGUCAGCUGAGACUCAGGCUGUUGUUCCUACCAGAGGAGGCAGCAGAGCAGUGCAUGCAGUUGAAGCUGUGGAUGAGACUGACACACAGGACAUCUGUGAAGGUUGUGGAGCAGUGAUGGAGGACCUACCUUACCUGGAGAUCUUGUGUGUAUCAGAUGCAACCAGUAAUCCUCCACAGUGUCUUGCUGCAGAGGAAGCAGCAAAGGAAGAAGACGAAGAGGCCAGUGCAAUGAAGAAUGCUCAGAACUUUGAGAAACAGGGCUCACUGAUCACUCUUGCUUGGAGUAAACCUCCAGGAGAUGACACUGAUUGCGAGGCCGAGGCUGCAGAUGGAGAUGCAGGACACAGUCAGGAUUCUGGGAGCGGUUUGAAGACCCAAAUCUGUCAGAGCCACAUGGACAACAGAGCUAAGGUCUCAACACAGUAUGAGGAGAUUUCCAGAGAGAGGGACAGACUGAUCCGAUCGGAUUACACUGAUCAUCCUGACUCACAGGUGACCUCUGAUGGGAGAGCAUUAGCUAAUCAACCAGAGCAGAGAGAAGCCGUUUCUCACUGUGACCUGCAAGCUCAUCAUUAUAUUGACCCUCCUAUGAUUGAGCAGCUCUCUGUUGACCUCCGUUCUGCACUGGCUAAUGAGACAGUCUAUGUGGACAGUGCCGUGGUUGAGAUGGAAACAUGCCCCGCCGAAACAGAGUCAGACAUGUGGAACUUGAAAGGAACAGAACUUGCUAACACUGAAGACCAGAACAAUAAUUCACAAGUCACAGUUGACAGUGGCUCGGCCCUGAAGGAGAAAAAAAGGGAAUCUUCAUUGAUGGAGAGAGAGAGAGCAAUAGAGCCAGUCUCAGCAGUGGAGCGAGAGAGGACGAUGCGAAACCUGGUGGACAUGCAAAGAAAGGUCGAACAGAGGCAGCAGAGGGACAGAGAGAGACAACUUCUUAGGGUUCAGGAGCGUCUGUCCAUCAUCCAGCACAGAAAGGCAGAGGAAGACCUGCUUGGCCUGAAAGGCGAAGAGACGCUUAAACACCUCACACAAGAUCUACCACAGGAGGACAAGAACCAGCAAAAGACAGUUGUCAGAGAGCGACUGGAGCAGCUGAGAAGAGAGCGCUCUUACGUCAUGCAAUCCAAGCGGGAGAGGAAUACUGCAGGAUUUAAGGAACUGCUGGGUCCAGUAGCGGUCUGCAGCAGAGAACCAGAUGAUGAAGCAGACUGAGCUGCUUUUAAAGACCUCAAAGUUAGUCCCAUACUCACCAUAGUCCUUCUCAAUGCUCUUCAAGAGACGUCAGCUAGUAACCACAAGUUCUUCCUCUAGUGAGACUGUUCUUCAUACAUGUUGUUUGAAUGAAAUGUUGUAGAUUUCAGCCUGUCGUUAGAAUAGAAAUGCAGGUUUUGCCCAUUAAUAAAGAAAGAUAUCAAACUUGAA